CAAAAUUUAUGUAGAGCAUCUUAUGGCAGUGAGCUCCAGGGCCACCAGGUGCAGAUGCCCACUGGGUCUGCUCGGGAUCACUGUCCGCAGAGCAUCGACGGGUCAAAAGGGUGCCGCUCCGGCAGCUUGAGAUCGGAUCAUCGCGUUUGGCACCUGCCUGAGUGGGCCAAAGAGGAGCAACGACCUCCUGGGCAAAUGCGUGUACUGGGGGCGGCAGCGUUGUUGCCGCUGGGCAUGGGCUCGCUGGCCGUGCACUUCGCGGGAUCGGAUCCGAGCGAUGCCGAGGCGAUCGAGUCGUCGCAGGUACCAUCAGCUUCUGAUUUUGCACGUCUCAGUCUCAACUGGUCUUUGCACUACGCUGGCGCUCUGUUGUCCUGCGCUGGAGCUAUGCACUGGGGGAUGCAGCUGGCCGAGCUUGGGGUACCAAAGCGGAGCGACUACAUGAGCCUGUAUUAUCUCUGCCGCUACAGUGCGCCCGCGGUUUUUGUCUUCUUCGGUUGGGUCGGCUCCGUAUUCAGCACUGCCUUGCCCUUUGAGGCAGCCCUGUGGUUGCUGAGCGGCUUUGCCGGCUUGCUCAGUUUCGAUUUCUUGGCGGGGGCGUUUCGCGUCACUCCCGCCUGGUGGUUUCGCUGGCGAGCGGGAUUUGGUCUCUCAGCUAUCACCUGCAUCCUGGUGCUGCUGCUAAGUGAGCGGAAUCUGUACCUGGGCCAAAAGCCCAAGAUGCGGAUCUGA